CUUGUUCAGCACCCAAAGUCGAAGGAUAGCUCUGGCCUUUCAAUGGAAGAAAGUGCUAGAUUUGUCAGUGUUGUAUAAUAUUAAGCCAAGUCUCAGGUUUCAUAUUUUGUUUGGGGCAAUCGCGGUCUGUCUUCACCUGUUGUGAGUGACAAGAGUUGGCGUCCAACAUGCGUAAAAACCAACGCUGUCCAAGCAGGGAACCGCCGAGAAACGAAUUACCGCCGCUCAACUGAGGCCAAUCUCGAUUUAUCUUUUUUUUUUUUUUUUUUUUCUAGAAUAAGGAAACAUUAACUCAGCUAGCUGGCUAACAUCACUUCUGCGGGUAGCUUGGUUAACGGCAUAUCUUUAACUUGUAGCGAAGCCAGAUAGCCGGGAUUGGAACUUCACUCGCACAGCGCAGGAGAAAAGUUGUAGGCAGCGAUGGGUGCGUUCCUGGACAAGCCGAAGACAGAGAAGCACAGCGCCCACGGCGACGGAAACGGGCUGCGCUACGGUCUGAGCUCCAUGCAGGGUUGGCGGGUGGAAAUGGAGGACGCCCACACGGCGGUGGUGGGCCUUCCCCAUGGACUCACCGACUGGUCUUUCUUCGCCGUUUAUGACGGCCACGCCGGCUCGCGGGUCGCCAACUACUGCUCCGGGCACCUGCUGGACCACAUCCUGACAGGAGGCACCGAGUUCGGAUCGGGGCCGGGCUCCGUGGAGGGCGUGAAGGACGGGAUCCGCUCGGGCUUUCUGAACAUUGACGAGUACAUGCGCAACUUCUCCGACCUGCGGCAGGGCCUGGACCGCAGCGGGUCGACAGCCGUGUGCGUGCUGCUCAGCCCCACUCACCUCUACUUCAUUAACUGCGGCGACUCGCGAGCCGUGCUGUGUCGGGACGGAAAGGUGGGCUUCUCCACUCAGGACCACAAGCCCUGCAACCCCCGCGAAAAGGAGCGCAUCCAGAAUGCUGGCGGCUCGGUCAUGAUCCAGAGGGUAAACGGCUCCCUGGCGGUGUCACGAGCUCUCGGGGACUACGACUACAAAUGUGUGGAUGGUAAGGGCCCCACGGAGCAGCUGGUGAGCCCGGAGCCGGAGGUUUGCGUGUUGGAGCGGGCGGCCGAAGGAGACGAGUUUGUGGUUCUGGCGUGCGACGGAAUCUGGGACGUCAUGUCCAACGAAGAGCUGUGUGAUUUUGUAAGAUCACGACUAUUGGUUUGUGAAGAUCUGGAAAAGAUCUGUAACUCGGUGGUGGACACCUGUCUUCAUAAGGGAAGCAGAGACAACAUGAGCGUGGUGUUGGUGUGUUUGCCCGGAGCGCCUAAGAUCUCAGAGGAGGCCAUGAAAAAAGAAGAAGAAUUGGAUAAAUAUCUAGAAACGCGUGUUGAGGAGCUGCUGGGAAACUGUGGAGAGGAGGGAGUCCCUGACCUGGUGUCUGUCCUAAGGAAUAUCGCCUCAGAAAACAUCCCUAACCUUCCGCCUGGUGGAGGCCUGGCCAGCAAACGCAGUGUUAUCGAGGCGGUGUACAACAAACUGAACCCUCACAGAGAAGAGGAAGGGGGGGGAGGAGAGGAGGAGGAGGAUGAGGAGGAGAGUGUGGAGGGAGGUGGCAGCACAGCAGCUCAUCUGAUGGAGGCUCUGCGGCAGUUCCGUCUCCACCACCGGGGGCAGUAUCGCACAGUGCUGGAGGAGUCUCUGGCCGCCUACCAUCUGCGAGGGGAGGGCACUGUCGAGGGAGCCGGGGAGAUCAGGAGGACCUCUGACGGCGGCGACGAAGAGGAGCAGACCGACUCCCCGCGUUCGCCCCCACCCUCGCCCGCCACUGUGGAGGCGGAGGCCGGCCAAGAUGCCCCAAAGCCUGAUAACUCCUCUGACUGAGCGCGCAGCCAAUCAUCCACCCUCCUCCAGGGAUGACCUCACUCCUCUUUCCCCAGCCACAGACCUUGACUAGGCAGAUUGACCAUUAUAUUGUUAAUUUUCUCAUUAAUUAAAACAUUUUAUGAUCAUAUUACAAUAAAAGUAGCCUUUCUGUUCAAAUUCUGUUUCCAACUCUCCACCGUUUAAAGAUGAGUCUGUUUCCUUUUUUUGUAGAAACCAGUCAACCAUCAUAUGUUGGUUAUUGCAGAAAUCAAAGCGAAACUUCCCAGUGCUUACUUUGGACUUACAUUCUUCCUCCUCCUCUUCCUCUGCACUCCUUCUCUUUCCCUCACUCCAUCAUUGACUCAGAACACACAAUUUGUCUCUUUGCACACCAGAAAAUAAAACUCUUGUAUGAAUAAGGGAGUAAAUGUAGCUCAGAGCGCCCGAACAAAAGCUUUAGGUGGAAAAACUUGAAAACUGAUUUGUUUGCAGAUGCAUUUAAUCUGUUCGUAGAUCUUAUCUGCCCCCACUGACCUUUGACCUUAAUGCAAACUACAUGGGGGGUGAAUGGAGAUAUCUGGUUCGAAGAAAAAAAAUGAGCAAAAUUGAUUUGCAAGUUAUAACACGUAUAAUGCCUUCCACGUUUAUUAGCACCCUUUGGUAAAGAUGUGUUUAAAAGAUUUGAAGUUUUUAGAAGGAAGUUUUUGUUAAAGCACUUAGUUUAUACAAACUUUGGUCUUCUCUUAUAAUCUCUCAUCGGCUCAUCCCACCGUUUUUUUGACAGGAUUUGGGUUUAAAAAAACUGAUUUUGGAUCAAUAUUGUGAUUUAAAAAACCAAAUAAAUGACACAUUUUCACUUUACGAGGAAUGGAGUCCACCAGAUUGUUAUUCAGAAGGAAAAUCAGACCCGCAGUAUCACUGAUCCCCCACUUUACUUAACAAUCAGCAUGAGUUAAUUUUCUACGAUGGAAAUAUUAUUACCAGAAUAAAGUCGCGAUAUUUCGAGAAGUCCAACGCGGAAAAGCAGUGUUACAACCGCACUGUCAGAGUUUUCUUAAUAUAACACAUUUAUUCUUCUAAUACAAUUUUAUUCUCGUUUGAGUUUCUUUUCAUGAAAUGUCUUUACGCUUGUAUUUUAUUAUGUUUUUUUAAUUUUCUUAGCAUGACUCUACUAUAUGGUUCCCAAUUUCCAGGCAGACCUGCCUGAGGUUAAUUCUCAUCCCACUAGUAAACCUCUCAUGUUAGCAUGAGAUGUUAGCAUUUGGUGGUUGUCCAUUCUUGAGGUUAUGUACUAUUUUAAAAUUUUAAUUUCCCUUACCAUGCAUCCCUCGGUGCUGAUGUGUCGCGUCAUAUUUAUUCCCUAGUGCAACAAAAAGAGAAGUUCCUAGAAACUGUUCAACUUCAAGAAGGAUAAAAUGGAAGAGUGCUUCAAUUUUUAGAGAUUUGACCAAUGAGUGUUAAUAAAAAAAAACACUCAUGAAUAGAGAUUUAUCAGUGUGUGAUAAAGUCUUGAGACUUCAUCACACACAUUUAAGCAUCUUUACCAAGGCGGGUUAAUAAAUCUGGCUGCUAACAUGAAACACACUGUUGUGCAAAAAUCUUUGCCAGGAAAUGUAUAUAAUCUCUGCUGACGUCGACAUGUAAAGAUGAAAUUCAUGUGAAAGAUAGCUUUAGGUCGGUGCAAGAUAAUCACAAGCAUGCAGUAACUCCUACAUGAAGCAUAUUUUGCUCCAGGCCUUUCACCUCUGUAACUCUUCAGCACUGGACGCUUCAUCUCAAAUGUUUACUCUUCUUUAAAUGCAGCUAGUCGCGGAGUAUUGUUUGUCCGGUAAUGCACGCGCUGCAAUUAUCCGCUCAAAAGCACUUAGCAAUCUGAGGCAAGAUUUAUGCUAAAACUGUCUGUAUGUGUGUUUAUGAAUCAGUUGUUUGUAUUGUGGGACCUAAUGAGUCCUGCAAGAAUGACAUUAUCAAAUAAAAAGAUUCAAAAUGCACUGCUCUAGAUUAUUUACAUUUUAAAGGGUGUUUGUGUCAGUGUGUUAGAUUUGUGGUCCCAUGUCAGAUCAGGCAGAAUCUUGACUAAUUCAGUAAUUUGAUAAAAUAACUCGGGGUUUGAUGCAGGGUUUUUUCCUCGCUGGUUUACUGGUGUUUUUCAGAUUCCUUAUCUAGUUGAAGGUGGCUUAAAUGUGUGUUUUGCGUGGCUGUGUGUAUCGAGUAGAUAUGGGCUAUAAAUGCUGCUUUUUUUCAAAAUGGAAGAGCAAAAAAUAUUCCUAAUGCUUCAAAACUGAAAAAACUCUGACUAUUAUAUUGUUCUCUAUUGAGAUGAUUUCUGCUUUUUUUUUUUUUUUUAAGUCCGAUUCACCUAUUUUGAUUCACUUUUGCUUUUUUUUUUCUCCAAGGUCCACUAAUGUGUGAUGCAUUGGGGGUUGUAUGUCUUAAUUCAAAAAACAACACUGUUGGGUUGCAUGUAAAGACAGAAAAUGGUGGCAGUUGUGAGUUUUUAAGUAAAAAUAUAGAAAAAAUACUAACUUGUAGUAUUAACGUGUUCAACUCUCAUAAAACCUGAUUUAUAAAAGGGCUACAUGGAUUUAUUUGGUUUUCCCAAAAAAAAGCUAGGAAAAUUUUUAGCAAUACAUCACAGGCUGAUAAAU